AUGGCCUUCAAGCAGGUUGAAGAGUUUCUGACAGUUUGUUUUGUUUUUCUUUUUCAGGAUGCCUCGUCUGCAGACAUUCGGAAAGCAUAUCGAAAGCUUUCACUAAUUUUACACCCAGACAAGAAUAAAGAUGAAAAUGCAGAAACACAGUUUAGGCAAUUGGUGGCCAUCUAUGAGGUUUUAAAGGAUGAAGAAAGGAGGCAGAGGUAUGAUGAUAUUCUGAUCAAUGGACUACCAGAUUGGCGACAGCCUGUAUUCUACUACAGGCGGGUGAGAAAAAUGAGCAAUGCUGAGCUGGCAUUACUCUUGUUCAUUAUACUCACAGUGGGUCAUUAUGCUGUGGUUUGGUCAAUCUACCUGGAAAAAAAGCUGGAUGAACUGCUUAGCAGAAAAAAGAGGGAGAAGAAGAAAAAAACAAGCGGCAGGAGUACAGAUGAAGCCAAACUUGCUGCUCUAGACAAAAAUGAAAGAGUACUGGACAAACCACAGUGGCAUGACUUACUUCCAUGCAAGCUGGGAAUAUGGUUCUGCCUCACAGUGAAAGCUUUACCUCAGCUAUUCCAGGAUGCCAGACAAUUAUAUGUAGAAUAUAAAGAAACAAAAAUGAAGGCGAAAGAAGAUGCCCUGGCUAAGGCUGAACUUGAAACACUUCAGAAGGAGAAGAAGCCUAAAGUCAAGAAACCAAAAUCAGAAUUCCCUGUAUACACGGUUCUGGAGUCAAGUGCAUAUAUACCAUCGUAUGACCACGGAGCUUCAAUUGAAGAGAUUGAGGAACAGAUGGAUGAUUGGUUGGGAGGCAGGAACAGAACACAAAAAAAGAAGGCACCUGAAUGGACAGAGGAGGACCUCAGCCAGCUGACAAGAAGUAUGGUUAAGUUCCCAGGGGGGACCCCAGGUCGAUGGGAAAAGAUUGCUCACGAAUUGGGUCGAUCAGUGGCAGAUGUUACCACGAAGGCCAAACAGCUGAAGGAUUCUGUCACAUAUACACCAGGUAUCAUUAGGCUUUCUGAGCUUAAAACGCUGGCCCAAAAUUCCAAGAAUGUCAAAGUCAACGUGAAUUUGCCAGACCACAUAAUCACCCAGCGAGAAAGGGAGGAGGAAGAAGAGGAGGAGGAGGAGGAGGAGGAGAGGAACUCCGAUCAUGUCCCAGGGCAGUUGGAUAUCCAAACAGAUCAAAAGGAGACCACUGCAAGUGAAACCAGACACCGCAGGCGGAAAACGGCCAAAGCACCUGACAUGCCUCUGCCAGCAAUGAAAGAGGUACCGGAGGAGAAGGGCAGAGGAAGACGCCAGAAAGAUUUUGAUAACACCGAGCAAGAGGAAGAGAGUGAUGAUGAGAACAGAAAAAGAGAGAAAAGCCGUGCCCCGGAAGAACUGUGGACUCAAAAUCAACAGAAACUCCUUGAAAUGGCCUUGCAGCAGUACCCGAAGGGAACAUCAGAUCGCUGGGAUAAAAUAGCAAAAUGUGUUCCUGGAAAAAGCAAGGAGGAGUGUAUAGCAAGAUACAAGUUGCUUGUUGAACUGGUACAAAAGAAAAAAAUGGCUAAAAGCUGAAUGUUCGGAGCAGAAGAGAUGUAGCUCAUCUGUCAAAAUGGGGUUGUAAAUCUCAUCUGCAGGAAACUGCAUUUUUGUACCUCAGUAUUUCUAUACAUCAUGUGCCUUAGUAACAGAAAAUAUUAAUAAAUCUUAUACCAUCUUA